AUGAUUCCAACAUUUACUAACUCAAGUGGCUUCAAAUUCCUUUGCGGCGAUGUGCUACGGAUCCGUCAAAUUUUGACGAACUUGAUAUGCAACGCAGUAAAGUUUACGCACGAAGGAAAAGUGGGGAUAAAACUUCAUGUAUCCAAUCUGAAACAUGAACAAGAUCUAAAUCAAAGGUGUAUUCAGACUCGAAGUUCCUCGUCGCCUAGCAAAGAUGCUGAGGAGCAAAUUGUGUGGCUACGUUACGACGUAUACGACACCGGUAUCGGCAUUCCUGAAAAGGCUCUACCUUCAUUGUUCAAAAGUUAUACGCAAGCAAGCGAUGAUCAUGCACGAAAGUGCGGCGGCACCGGUCUCGGCCUUGCUAUCUGCAAACAAUUGGUGGAACUAAUGGGUGGUAGUCUCACUGUGGUCAGUAAAGAGCACCGUGGUUCAACGUUUACAUUCGUAUUACCUUGUAAAGUUCCUAUAAUGGAGGAGCCCUCAGACGAUCCCGAUUCUUUAGCAAACCACCAUGUUGGUGAUCUCAAUGGAUCAUUCAUUUUUGAGCCAAAAUUCGACGCUUUUAAUGCUUCUAGUCGCGUGUCAGAGAAGCCCGAUUCAUGGUCUUGGAAAGAUCACAAAUCAAGCGAAGGUGUUUUCGGUGAAAGUGCUUCCUCUAUAUAGGGUCUUCGAGUCCAAAAGGUUUUGGAUUCGCAAAUUGAUUCAUCAUCAAGUGUACGAGAUAACGGGGCCGAGGAUAAAAACCAUAGAAUUAAUAACUCUCAGUGUGCAUCUACCAGCGGUUCUCUGAAAAUUCUCCUUGUGGAGGAUAACAGGAUCAACAUAAUGGUGGCGACGUCGAUGAAUAACGGAUUAGAUGUGAUUCGUGUUGGGAAUCCGGUACUCGCCCCGGUACCGGAUCUCGUGAAUCCGCAACCCGUUUCGAUACCGACUGCUAUCCUAACAAUUCGAGCAGUUCAGCGGUCAGGAUACGAUCUUAUUUUGAUGGAUGUUUGCAUGCCAGUAAUGAAUGGCCUGCAAGCCGCCAAAUUGAUUCGCGCUUUCGAAGAAAGCGGCUACUGGGAUGCCUUGGUCUGGCCCGGAGACGAGUCGAAUGAGGCCUGUGCGGCUUUCUCGACGAAUGAUUCGAUUGCGGGAUGACGAAGGAAGAGGAUUCCAGUUAUUGCAAUGACUGCAAAUGCAUUGGCAGAGAGCGCCGUCGAAUGCCUCGCCGGCGGUAUGGAUUCGUACAUGUCGAAGCCCGUAAAGUUUCAAAAAUUGAAACAAUGCCUCCAACAAUACUUGCCAUCUCAAACAGUUGAUUAA